AUGCACACCCAUUCUAAAUCUAUCAUUUUUCGUCCUAAACAUCGUGCUGAUAUUUCCAUUACUACUACUUGUCGGUUACAUAAUGCUCUUUUCUCUGCUAAAGAACCUCGAGGGUUUAAAACCGCCUCUAAAGAUCCCUCAUGGUCUCAAACCAUGCACGAUGAACUCCGGGCCCUCCAUGAGCAAAACACUUGGGAUUUAGUUCCACGUCCAUCAUCCUCAAACGUUGUUGGUUCGAAGUGGAUAUUUCGUACCAAAUAUAAAGCUGACGACACUGUUGAUCGUUUAAAAGCCUGUCUCGUUGCCCAAGGCUUCAAUCAAAUACCAGGUUUUGAUUUUUCUCAUACUUUUAGUCCAGUCAUUAAGGCCUCUACUCUUCGCAUCGUUUUAUCUCUUGCUGUUGUACGCAAAUGGCAUCUUUAG